AUGCCACUCAUUCACGGACUGAUUGUCACUCUCGCUCGCUCCCCCGGCGCGGCGGCGACAUCGGGGGGAGGCUAUGGCGCUGCCGCUUUCCCAGCUGGAGGCCAUGCCAUGCCACCUCGAGCGUUGGCCGGGUUCACGUUCGCAUUGCAAAGGGGUCAUCUGACCUCUCGCGUAAGAUGGUGCUCCACCACCUCGUUUCCAGUUUCGUACCAAGCACGGAGUACACGCGCUCGUACGUGCGGCGCGGUGGUUAUAAAGGCGUGCGGCGUGGUGGUUCGGUUCGGGUUGGUCGUCGUCCUCCCUCCAUCGCUCGCCCCGACUCCCGCAAGGUUUCCGUCGUCACCUUGUGCUGCUGCGCCUGAUCCCGUCCGAGACACUCUGCAUUCCAGCCCGCCCUCCCGCUGCGCCAAGCACUCUGCAGGUCGGUCCAUUGUUCGUUUGCGACGUCGGGGCACGCCUUGGCGGUGUCCCGAUGCCCGCUGUGGUGUCCCGCGGGCGCCACCAGGCCGGUGCGGUGCGGUGCGAGCGAUUGAUUGA